GGCAAAUGUUGACUUGGGUUCGCCAGCUCCUGAUGAUCUGCUGAUACGCGUCAGCAGGCAUGUUGCAAAGAGGAUGCGCGAGUUUAUGCACUACAUCACAAAUGCCUUCUACAGCGCAACCGGGUGGAACGAAGACAACACAUAUAAAGAGUUGAAUGCUACCGCGAGAGAACUCAUAGACUUUCCGCUUCCUCGAGGACUCCGCCUGACCCUCUCCUCCCUCGCAACCCCUCAUUUUGUGACCAGCUACCAGCUCAACACUAUCGGCGUUGUUGAUGGCUCUAUUUCGUACCUCCACAGCACGGUGCCCUUAACUGGUAUUGCCGCCCAAUCGGACCAAAUACCCCUACCGGCACUUCUGCGAUCAUACCGGCGACUACACGACCUGAGCUCAAAGGACAAACAAUGGUACUCGGGGGCAGAUGCUACAGGGGAGGAACCGGUGCCCGCCACCACCGCCGCCGCCGCCGUUGACGAUAGCUCGGGGAAGAACGGAAGCUCGCUUCUGUAUGGCCGUCUGUAUCUACCACAGUCGCUGCUCGAGGGCCUAGUUGUUCGACGCUUCACACCGGCUCUGCAGGUUCAGCUCUCGGCUGUCAGCGAACGCUCGUUGCGGAACGGCGGCACCUUGCUGGGCCUUAUACAGUACGACAAGGGAAAGUACGGGAUUGAGGGUCUCGCCUUGACCGAUGGCGGGCUACUCGGGAUCCGGGGCCUCUACAACUUCGGUGGCGAUGCAUCUUCUUCGGCCAUCACCCCACUUACCAGCAUAUCGACCCUGGAUAGCAAUGGGAAUGGCCAGUCGCCCGAAAGGGAGAGGAUUUAUGGCCGCUUCAGCGCUGGCGGCGAAGUAUAUUACGGAACGUUGAACAAAUCCGGAGGGAUGUCACUGGGAGCCCGCUUCGCCACUUUGCCUGCGCACCGGGGGACACCAUUGACGGCGACUUUGACCAUCAACCCCCUUAUGGGGAAUAUUAACGCCACCUAUGCCGUCCUCGCAAGGGAUUACUGUUCACUGGCCACGAGGAUGGAAUUCAACGUGUACAGUUACGAGAGUGAUUGGGCGGUGGGGAUGGAAUUGUGGAGCCACAGAAGGCCAGCAGGCUUCUUGUUGGGUGCCGACCCCAGUGGCCAGGCCGAACCCGACCCAGAACCGCCCCGGAGAAAGGAGAGGAGUUUCCAGGCCAAGUUGGAAUGGCGAUUGGAUGACCCCAACCCUGAGCAACCCGAGCCUCAUGGCCCGAAGACCGAGGGGAAAGCUGCAGGGACUGGAAGCAGCGAGGAAUACAGGGGAGUCUUGAAAGCACGACUCGACCAAAACCUCCGGAUAGGCCUUCUCUGGGAAGGGCGCGUCAAGUCGCUUAUCUUUAGCCUCGGUACCGGGAUCGACCUGCGGAAGCUGGGCGAGCCGUUUCGAAGUCUGGGAUUAGAGAUACAGUAUUCGUCAUGAACGAUGUCGUUUAAACAACGUCCAAAGACGCGCCUUGGAUUGAGCCGCUUCUCCCGCAGUUUCUGGAAGUCACCAGGCUGGAACAGACAGACAGACGGACGGAAAGAGAGAGAGAAAGAGAGGGAGAGAAGAACGGCGAGAGAGGACGAGGGGAGGAGCCGUCAUCACCAACAUCGAUGCAGCACAGCGCGCCAGCGCGCUGUGGGUCGAGCGAUCCGAUCCGGAAAUACGGAAUUGGUCGCUUAGAAUUUGAGCGCAGCUGACUGGUUUAUUUCCGAUUUGGCAGCACGGUUGGUGCCAUCUCAAGGCGCGGGUCCAGCAGUUUGUGGGUGUCGAUGAGAACCUUGAUGGCUGAGUGCCGUGGGGUCGCCCACUCCUUAGUCAUGACGUUCGAAGCGACCGAGUCCACAACGCCGCAAAAUCAGGCCGUCGGUAUCUUUUGAAGCUUGCGGCACAGCUGGAGGCGUACAUACACAUACCG